GUGGCAGUAUAUAGAGGAACACAGGGGUCUGUAUAAGGACGUGAUGAUUGAGAAUCACCGGCCCCUCACAUCACUGGGUUAGAGGAGACUGUCAUGUAUUGUACAGGUGAGAGCAGAUGGGCCUAGUAACAGAGAUACCCCAGAGAGAUGUCCCCGUCCUCUGUAUUCAGGAUUGUACAGAGGGGAAUCACAGGACCCCACAGGAGGAUCAGGAAGAACGUCUGUCUGAUAUAAAGGCAGAAGAUAUAGAGGGAGAAAAAGAGACGUAUGUGACUGAUAUAAAGGCAGAAGAUAUGGAGGGAGAAGAAGAGACGUAUGUGACUGAUAUAAAGGCAGAAGAUAUAGAGGGAGAAGAAGAGACGUAUGUGACUGAUAUAAAGGCAGAAGAUAUGGAGGGAGAAGAAGAGACGUAUGUGACUGAUAUAAAGGCAGAAGAUAUAGAGGGAGAAGAAGAGACGUAUGUGACUGAUAUAAAGGCAGAAGAUAUAGAGGGAGAAGAAGAGACGUAUGUGACUGAUAUAAAGGCAGAAGAUAUAGAGGGAGAAGAAGAGACGUAUGUGACUGAUAUGAAGGCAGAAGAUAUAGAGGUAGAAGAAGAGACGUAUGUGACUGAUAUAAAGGCAGAAGAUAUAGAGGGAGAAGAAGAGACGUAUGUGACUGAUAUAAAGGCAGAAGAUAUAGAGGGAGAAGAAGAGACGUAUGUGACUGAUAUAAAGGCAGAAGAUAUAAGGAGAGAAGAAGAGACGUAUGUGACUGAUAUAAAGGCAGAAGAUAUAGAGGGAGAAGAAGAGACGUAUGUGACUGAUAUAAAGGCAGAAGAUGUAGAGGGAGAAGAAGAAACGUAUGUGACUGAUAUAAAGGCAGAAGAUAUAGAGGGAGAAGAAGAGACGUAUGUGACUGAUAUAAAGGCAGAAGAUAUAGAGGUAGAAGAGACGUAUGUGACAGAUAUGAAGGCAGAAGAUAUAGAGGGAGAAGAAGAGACGUAUGUGACUGAUAUAAAGGGAGAAGAUAUAGAGGGAGAAGAAGAGACGUAUGUGACUGAUAUAAAGGCAGAAGAUACAGAGGGAGAAGAAGAGACGUAUGUGAGGGGUGAUCAGCAGUGUAAGGAGGAGGAGAUCCCUACAGAUAUCAGCACAGCAGAUGGACACACAAGCAGGAAUAUCUCAGAAGGACAUCUAAUGUUAUCCCCAGAUUGUGACAUAAAAGAUAAUGACAGUAGACAGGAUUCUCCAGGAGCUAAUCCCAUUACCACAAUUAUACAUCCAGCUCGAUCAGCUGAUCCCUCUGAUCCUGGGAAAUGUUCUCCUGAUCACUCUGAUAUUGGUGCAUCUGUUACAGCUCUGACAGUAGAUACAGUGUUUCCGUGUUCUAUAGAUGCCAAAUGUUUUACACAGAACACAAAGCCUAUUAACCCACACACAGGUAAGGCAGGUGAAAGGCCAAUAAUAUGUUCUGAGUGUGGGAAAUGUUUUACAUACAUAUCAGAUCUUGUUAUACAUCAGAGAAGUCACACAGGUGAGAGGUCAUUUCCAUGUUCUGAGUGUGGGAAAUGUUUUGCAUGGAAAUCACGUCUUGUUACACAUCAUAGAAGCCACACAGGUGAGAAGCCAUUUUCUUGCUCUGAGUGUGGGAAAUUUUUUACACAGAAAUCAGAUCUUAUUACACAUCAGCGAACUCACACAGGUGAGAAGCCAUUUCCAUGUUCUGAGUGUGGGAAAUGUUUUACACAGAAAUCGAAUCUUGUUACACAUCAGAGUAAUCACACAGGUGAGAAGCCAUUUCCAUGUUCUGAGUGUGGGAAAUGUUUUACACAGAAAUCAGAUCUUAUUACACAUCAGCGAACUCACACAGAUGAGAAGCCAUUUCCAUGUUCUGAGUGUGGGAAAUGUUUUGCACACAAAUCAGAUCUUGUUAGACAUAACAGAAAUCUCACAGGUGAGAAGCCAUUUUCUUGCUCUGAGUGCGGGAAAUGUUUUGUACGUAAAUCACAUCUUGUUAUACAUUACAGAAGUCACACAGGUGAGAAGCCAUUUUCUUGCUCUGAAUGUGGGAAAUGUUUUACACAGAAAUCAGAUCUUAUUGCACAUCAACGAACUCACACAGGUGAGAAGCCAUUUUCAUGUUCUGAGUGUGGGAACUGUUUUACACAGAAAUCAGAUCUUAUUACACAUCAGCGAACUCACACAGGUGAGAAGCCAUUUCCUUGCUCUGAGUGUGGGAAAUGUUUUACACAGAAAUCAGUUCUAAUUACACAUCAGCGAACUCACACAGGUGAGAAGCCAUUUCCAUGUUCUGAGUGUGGGAAAUGUUUUGCACACAAAUCAGCUCUUGUUAGACAUAACAGAAAUCACACAGGUGAGAAGCCAUUUUCUUGCUCUGAGUGUGGCAAAUGUUUUACACGGAAAUCAUAUCUUGUUAUACAUCAGAGAAGUCACACAGGUGAGAAGCCAUUUCUAUACUCUGAGAAAUAAAUCAGCUCUUGUUGCACACAAUAGACAUCACUCAGGUGAGGAACCAUUUUAAUCUUCUGGAGUUUACUUAUCAUUGCCAUGCGUUGUUCUUCAAGGAUCUUAUCCUAUCUCCUAUGCUUUUUGCAAUAUACAUGUUACCACUGAGUGAAAUAAUCAGAUGUCAUGCCCUCAUCUACCACUGCUAUGCAGAUGACCUGUCUUUUGCUCUGGCUACUGAGAACCCAGUACCAAUCCUAAAUGGUUGUCUAGCUGAGCUCCAGGUGUGGUUGAUGCCAGUUGGUUGUGACUGGUGAAACAGGUCCUUAUGAUAGAAGCUCACCAACAAAGGGCAGGGCUACAGCUCAGCUUUGCUACCAGCCAGACUUAAGCUUGGGGGUUCAGAGUUACAAAAUGCUGAUCAUGUGCGGAAUUUUGGUGUCAUGGAUGGUGGAGUGACACUUACACCUCAGGUACAGCCACAAUCAGAUCCUCAUCUGAGGAACAUAGCCAGACUACAGCACUUAUUUCCCUCAGAAGAUCUUCCUACAGUCAUACAUUCACUUGUAUCAUCACACAUAGACUACUGCAAUGUCCUCUACCUGGGUCUCCCAGCAAUAGAAUUACACCGCUUGUAGCUUGUACAGAAUGCAGCAGCCAGGCUGUUACCUAACCAGCCCAUUCCUGCCACAUAACACCCAUUCUCUGCUCCCUUCACCGGCUGCCUGUAAGAUGAUGACUCUAUUACAUAAUCUUACUGACUCUCCCAGCCCUACAUGACCAGGGUCCAUGGUACCAGAAGCAGCUUCUGCCUCCUUACUGCCCGGUUACUACCAUCUGCAGAUGAAGGACUGUUACCAGCAGUACCAAGAAACCCCAAGAAGUUCUGAGAUGUCAGGGGGAAGACAGGGUGGUGGCACUAGUGCUGCAGUGGGGGCUGCCGGAGGCAGUGUCUGUGAGAAUCUUGUCCUCAAGCAGCGCUAAGGUGUCAGACUGCGAGACAGGGCAGUGGCAGUAGUGGGGGAGACA